GACAGAGUGAGGGGGGGGGUCCUCUACUGGCUGAUGCUGAUGCACCUGCCUUCUUUUUCCUUCACGCGACCCCCAGCCUCCAGCACACUCACUUCGCCGUGUCGAGCGCGUGAAAGCGAACGAUGAGCUCCUCUCUCCCAAAAAGCGAGUCCGCUACUUCUCUGCUCAGGUCGUCGGGGCUCAGCCGCAGGUCCGCGCACUCGGACCACGGUCCGCACGCGCACCGGGGUCACCGCUCUCACCAUCCUCAUCCCACCGGAGCUGGAGGCGGGGAUGACGCGGGCUGGACGGACGAAUGCGAGCCGAGUGCCCGCAGACCUCUCUGCCGGCCAAGACACGCCGACCCCCGAGGAGACGAUCACCACCGGGUGCAGAAGAGCCACUCUCACCGGCAAGCCAGCCUGCUGGAGGACGGUCCCCCUCAGGAGGAUGCGAGGCACAGAGCGAGCCGACAUCAGAAGGAGCGCAGCAACUCCACCAGGUCCAAACACCCCCAUCCGCAGCACGACUCCCCGAGAGGUGAGCCGCCUCCUGCAGCGCAUCACCAGGGCAGGAGGACCUCUCCAACUCCGUCUUACCCGAAGCACACGGACGACGCGGAUUUCUUCUUCGAGCCCAGGGAGAGAGUGAUCACCGGCUCGUCCUCCAGCCUCAGCUCGGACACACCUGCCUCCGGUGCACCUGUCCGGCCCGCGGGGCGCCGCACAUCCAAGAGACUGAGCGGGACCUCGUCUGAAUACGACUCCAGUCUCCAUCCCAUAGUGAAGUCAGUGUUCGGCCAGGACCAGAAGAAGAACUACAAAGCAGUGCAGUCCUGUGAGGAGGGGGGCUCUGGGGGGGCCUAUCUUGAGCCGCUAGUGGCCCUGGCCCAGAACGGAGCCAACAUGCACAACGUGCUGGGGCCCGCGUGCAUCUUUCUACGCAAGGGCUUCGCUGAGAGCCGGCAGGCUGAUCGAGAGCUGAGGCCAGAAGAAAUGGAUGAGUUGCGCGAGGCUUUCAGGGAGUUCGACAAAGACAAAGAUGGCUUCAUCGGCUGCAAAGACCUGGGGAACUGCAUGAGGACUAUGGGCUACAUGCCGACGGAGAUGGAGCUGAUAGAGCUGAGUCAGCAGAUCAACAUGAACCUGGGAGGACAUGUUGACUUUGAGGACUUCGUUGAACUCAUGGGGCCCAAACUUCUGGCUGAAACUGCGGACAUGAUUGGGGUGAAAGAGCUGAGAGAUGCAUUUAAGGAGUUUGACACAAAUGGCGAUGGCCAGAUCAGCACAGCGGAACUUAGAGAGGCGAUGAAGAAACUUCUUGGACAACAGGUUGGACACAGAGAUCUGGAGGACAUCCUACGAGACAUAGAUCUGAACGGAGAUGGACACGUGGACUUUGAAGAGUUUGUGCGGAUGAUGUCUCGGUGAGUUUGCCGCAGAUCGAGAGCCGAGACGUUCAAAAAACCCGAACGUGGAGGAGACGCUGACGGAUCUUAAACUUCUGAAACUGACGAUGAACACGAGAUCAAAUACAUAUCAACCCCCUGGCCUGAAACUGCCACGCUGAAGCACAGAGGCUGACCACUGUUGCCAGGAGCCACACUGUUGAUGACGAUAUGCUGCUGCUGUUUCUUAUUGAGCAUCAACACAGUCAACAGCUGCAUUUCUAACUUUAUAUAUAUAAAAAAUAGAAGAAGAAGAAGCCUAUUUUCCUUUAGUGACGACAUUUUUAACGAUGAUGUUGUUUCUGACCCGAUGGGCAACGUGAUGUUUGUGUCAUUUUGCUCAGACACUAUUUGUAACAGUAGCAUUUAAGAGGAACGCAUUUGCACCAACGACACAAUGCCAGCAAACCACACAUACAACACAUUCCUUUAUAAUGCCGAGAAGCACAAAUACAAUUAUAGCAAUAUGGGGAAUAUUCCAUGUGAUCCUGUUUGAAGCUGUGCGUUUGUGUUUUGUGCAUACUGUUUUUCUCUCUGCACCCUAAACUGUAGGAUUAUUAUCUCCCUCAUUAAAUCUUAAAAUAAAUAAAUGAAUAAUAUAUAAUUUAAUAUAUAUGUAUAUAAGCUUAUUUUCCUUUAGUAGAGACAUUUCUAUAAUGCCGUUGUGGGUAAUGUGAUGUUUGAGACAGUUGUUGAACCCUGGUUAGGGCGAGCCAAUGUUUUGUAGUUCUAUGUAAUGUAGCACUGACGCAGUUCAUUCUGCGUAUCUUACUGUGAUAUAUAUAUGUAACCUUCAGUGUGCAUAAGGUGAACAGAUUCUUUUCGACUGCAACGUUUCCUGACUACUGUGAAGGGCCUUUUUAAAAUUCCAGUAUAUUUUCCUGAUUCUGAAUAUUACUUUGCAUGAAUACUCAGACAAUAAAAGCCCCGUCUCUACCUAACUAACAGCGGUAGAUUAUCAACAGAGACUUAAAACUACAGCGGAAAGAUGGACGUUGUUAUUGCUUUAAUUAUUAUCAGAGACCUCCGAUACGUGUGCUUGUUUUGGGGAUAUUAGGAAUCUACUGGUUCUGAAGUGAUUUUUCACUUUGGUGCAGCAUUUUCACUUUUAACUUUUGAUACCUCAAAUUCAAUCGAACCAUCAACCUCAACCAUCAGCCGCCCCUACAGCACAAUCCCUACUUCCAUUUCGUUGUACCCCCCCCCACCUUCAUUAUCAAUAGUCUAAGCCGCAUUAGCUUCUAUAUGACAAAAAAAGCCAAAGAAAGUUUCUAAAAAUGUUAUUUGAGUCUCAUGCGGUGAAUUAAGAUUAUGCAGUAUGUUCUAGAAAUAUGAUUCACUGGAUCUUGUUUUUAAAAUGGCUGUCAAAAUGCCCUUUGUUUCCUUGGGCAGAGAAAUUAUUACUGACUGUUCCUGACUGGGCAUGGGUAUAUAUGCAUGUUCUAAAGCUAAGAUAUUCUUCUAAGGGGAAAUCUGACUUUGUGAUUUUACUUGUCUUAACUGUGUGAAACUAUGCAUGCUAGAAAACAACAGCAAUUUGUAGCAUAAAUAAAGAUAAUAUAAAUAAAGAUUUUUAUUGGACAGA